UUUAUGGCAGCUAUCGAGGUGAUCACAUCACAAGAGAGGGAGGUAAAAAUGAAGAAAAUCACCGGCGAGCCGUACACCAUACUUAUUCGAGUUUGGAACGAAACCGUCAGUAAUUUGACCCUCAUGGCGCUCGGUUCAUCAGCACCAGAAAUUCUUCUCUCAGUCAUUGAAAUUUUUGGAAACAAUUUUGAAGCAGGAGAACUGGGUCCUAGCACGAUUGUUGGUUCGGCUGCAUUCAAUCUCUUCAUUAUCAUCGCUGUUUGUAUUUACGUGAUACCUGCCGGUGAAGUUCGACGGGUCCAGCACGGUCACGUUUUUUGGGUUACUGUGGUCUGGUCUACGUUUGCUUACAUUUGGCUGUAUCUCAUUCUGUGCGUAUUCAGUCCGAAUGAAGUCGAGGUCUGGGAAGGUGUGCUUACGUUCGUUUUCUUCCCUCUCACCGUCCUUUCGGCAUAUAUCGCCGACACUUACACUGGAAUAUUCGGACAACGGUAA